AUGAAAUCAGCCCUCACCUACCUCUACAGCAGCAGCAAAACCGCGGCCGAAGAACGCACCCAAAAUCGAGAAUGGAGACGCACACAGAUGUAUGAUGGGAAUGGAGGGUACCGGGUGAGUAAAUUGGGGGCUGUGGGAGAGGGGAGAGAGAGGAGAUUUACUAUGGGGGGGAUGGGAGAUGGGAGGGGGGAGAGGGAGAGAGGAUUGAGGAAUGAGAGGAGAGAUGAGAGGAAGAGGGAACAAGAAAAGGAAAAGGAAAAAGAGAGGAGAUUUACUAUUGGGGGGUUGGGGAUGGGGAUCGAAAGAAGGAGAGAAGAAAAGGAGAGGGAGAAAGUGGAAAGAGGGAGAGAAAGAGGGGAAGGGGAAGAGGAGAUGAUAAGUGGAUUACGAUUGAGGAGAUGGAUGGGGGUGGUCAUGAGGAGGGAGAGGGAGAGAGGGAUAUGCAUGGGGAAAGAGUGGGAGAAGGAGAAGGAGAAGGAAGAGGAGGUGUGGGAGAAGGAAGGGAAAGGAGAGAAAGAGAAAGAGGAAGGUGGAGAAAAAGUGUGA